AUGGCUGUAUUAUGCCAGGUCUGCUCCGAGGAGCAAGCGAAAUAUCGGUGUCCAGCUUGUGGCGUGCAGAGCUGCUCGCUGGCAUGUUCGAAAUCUCAUAAAACAUCGUGCUCACCGACUAUAGCUGAGCCAGCAACCAAGACUGAUGCGUUGCUAAAUGGCAGUGAAAAUUUAUCACCGGAACACGACCGUCAGCCUCCGGCUGCAGAGGUCGACGCGGCCUCGGUCAGCAAUGCGCAGGCCCCUGCUGUAUCUGUACCUGCUCCCGCUUCCGGACAACGAAAUACGAAGGAGGAUUUCUCCGGCCUCGACAAGUCACCAAGAUUACACGAGCUGUGGAGUAGAUUCCCCAAGUUCCGUUCUAGGCUACGGGAGAUUUACAGCUUGACACUGGAGGAAGAGUGGGUGGAGAUGAGCUAUGACAGCCAUGGACGUGGACGUGGACGCGGGCGCGGACGUGGUAGGGGCUCGCAUUCGGCAAGAGGGGGCGGGAGGAGCAGAGGACCUUGGACGGCGGAGAAAGGAUUCAAUCGCGGUCUUGGAAAGGUUCGCAAAUGGAGGGAAUCCUGCGAUAAUGAUGGCCCCUCGAUGCGCGCCUCUGGCGGAGCUGACGACGAGGCGUUCCGACGGUUUAUUGCCCUCGUUCUUGAUCAUGACACUACGACGGCUGGCUAG